GUCGGCGUUCUGGCGCGGUCGGCCGUGUUUGUGUUCGCUCGUGUCACGGCCACAGAGUAAAAAUAACAUUUCGCGCGUCUUUUGACAGCUAAUUCGAAAGUUUCCGGUGCGUUCGGAAAUCUUAGCCGAGUCACAAGUGUCGUUCUUAGAACGGAAUCGAAGGAUAUUGGAGAGGUAAUUUGCAGUGUUAAUUAUCGGCUCGCGGUGGCCGUUUGAGACGCUACAGUCUGAUGAAUCAGCGAACGCCGGCUAAUUAACAGCGCAGCUACGAAAACAAAUCUUGACGCCUUCAACUGCCGCUUUGUAUUUAACGUGAAAGGCAGCGGCCGGCAGCAAGCUGUUUUACCCUUAUCUGAAGACGUCCUCCCUGCACAGGGACUUCCUGUUUGCCAGUGGCUCCGAGGCCAUUGCAAUCACAGCCUUUAUGAAAAAUGAAAAUCCCUAUGCGUGGUUAUCGAAUGAGAGGGACAUUGAAACUAGGAGUUAUCGUUUUCACAAUACGGAACCAAACGAGUCGGGAUGCGAGGCUGAUAUGCUGGAGGGCGCGGAGGCGUGCCGGCACUCGCCGCCCCGGCCGCAGCAGGAGCCCAUCAAUCUCAAGAAUGAGCAGGCGGAGUCGGAUCGUGAGAGCGGCGCGAGCUCGCCGGAGGGUGGCGGACGACUGCCGGCCGAGGCGCGCUCGCCGUCGCCGCGUGCGCGCUCCCCCCACCAUAACACGCACUUGAAUGGCUCCAUGGCGUCGAUGUUCCAAAACCUCCAGAACUUGGCGAGCAUGCAGCAAAACAUGGCGCCCAUGUCCCAGCAGCAGAUGUCCCAGCAAAUGUCCCAGCAGAUGUCCCAGCUGGCCGCUAACCUACAGGGCCUCACCUCCAUGCCUUCCAACCCUGUCAUCAACUCGCCUUUGAACCUCAGCGUUAGCGCCCCAGCAGGCAUGGGGUCGCCGACGCCGGUGGGGAAUAGCAACAUGCUGCCACCAGCGCUGCCCUCGCCCAUGCCACAACUCAUCCUCGCCUCCGGACAGCUGGUGCAAGGCAUACAGGGCGCGCAGCUCCUCAUACCCACCUCACAGGGAAUCGCAACGCAAACCAUCCUCACGAUACCUGUCAACCACGUGAACUCAAACGACCAAAUGGUCAACUUAGCGCUCAACAACGGCCAAGUAGUGUCAACGUCACUGGCCAACCUCCAAGCGAUGGCCCAACCUCACCAGCUUCUAAACUCCAACCCGCAACAGCCGGCCAACAUUAGACCCAACAUGCUGAAUCCAACGCUAUCGAAUGCGCUAUUGAACCCGGGUUUGCCAAACUUCUUGACCAACGGAGCGACCAAUGCUCAGGAGUUAUUGCAAGCACUUCAGCAACAGCCGCAAGCGAAUCACAACCUUCUGCAGACGGUGCAACAGAACAAUAUGCCGCAACAAAUGCAAGGCAGGCGGUCGUCGUCGCCGCGCUCCGACAGGCAUUACAAAGAGAGGGAAACCUUUGAGAGAUUCGCCGGAGGUCCCAGAGAGAGGAACGAAAGGGACAAUGUUGGAGCAGCUGCUUUAAACAGUAUUAACAGGCUUGCUGCGUCGAAUGGGGAGAUCACGAUCACGACGUCGCACGCGAGCGGAGCGCCAUGCAGUUCGACGAGCUGCUCGAACUCGUCGCCGCACGCGCCCGUCAAACUGUCUCCGGGAUCCAUCAAGUCGCCGCCCCAGGAAGAUGCCGAUUUACUAGCAGAUUCACCAAACCAACCCACCAUCAGUCAGUCUUCUGGUAACGUGGUCGACGGCAUCAACCUCGAGGAUAUCAAGGAGUUCGCGAAGGCGUUCAAGCUACGUCGACUCGGACUGGGCUUGACGCAGACGCAAGUGGGGCAGGCGCUGUCCGUUACCGAAGGACCAGCGUAUAGCCAAAGCGCGAUUUGCAGUGCCCUGGCUUCGCAGAUGCUAGCAGCUCAGCUGUCGUCACAGCAACAAAACAUAUUUGAGAAAUUGGAUAUAACACCAAAAAGUGCGCAGAAAAUCAAACCGGUGCUCGAACGUUGGAUGAAGGAAGCCGAAGAGAGGUACGCUUCCGGACAGAAUCAUUUGACGGACUUCAUUGGGAUGGAGCCGAGUAAAAAACGCAAACGACGAACAUCUUUCACACCUCAAGCUCUUGAACUACUCAACGCACAUUUCGAAAGGAACACCCAUCCUUCAGGCACGGAGAUCACCGGGCUGGCGCAUCAGUUAGGAUACGAGCGGGAAGUCAUCAGAAUAUGGUUCUGCAACAAGCGCCAAGCGCUCAAGAACACUGUUCGCAUGAUGUCCAAGGGAAUAGUCUAAACCGUACAAGAAAAUCUAGCAAAUUAAUUCCGUUACACGACUAUAAGAAUGAAUCCGGCAAUAGUGAUGGGCAAUUUAAUAUAUCGAUAGUUUCGCUUCAAAAAGCACGUAGGUGUUUACAACGUGACACAUUUUAUUUUGCAAUAUUCUAUAAUCGAUGUUCCCUUCCGAUAUAUCGUUUUAAUCAACGUUUGGCCUUAACAUGAAUCUAACACGAUUCCAGCCAAGGUAAUAAAGUAAGUUAUGAUUUCUUUUGAAUAAAAUAUAAUUGUUAAAAUACAAUUUUCGACUGAUAUAUUCGUCUCGUAGAUACUUUUACAAUGAUAUGAGUGGUAUUCGUAGGUUAUAAAGAUAGUUGUUUAGUACAAAUGGCAAACAGUCGCAUUGUAAUACACUUAUGUAACCAGAAAUUUCAAACUGUUUCAAUGUUACGACUAUGUUUAGGAGUGGAAUCAUAUUUACGGCAUUUAGCCUCGAAUUCUUAUUACAUAUAAAGCAUAAGGUCUAAAUUCCUCAAAAUUGUGCACAUUUAUAUGUUUCAUUUUAUAUUAUUUGUAAUAUAAUUGCAUUUUGUAAAUAAGUACAAUCCGAAGUCUCGUCAAUGCGAAGUAGAAGAUAGAUAUUAAUUUAUUUGAAUACUCUUGAGUUGAAUUCGUUGUUAGUGAAUGUCGCACGAUAGCUAUAGUACUAUGAAGUAGUCGAAAUGUCUUGUAUUAGUGGCCUACUGAGAGUUCUUUCAAGUUUCUGUUUAUAGAUAGGCAUGAAGCGAUAUUAUGUAUAGAUUUUAUUAAUUGUAUUGAGUCGUAAUUGUAAAUAUUGUUCACGUAUUUUUAGUUCAUUAAAACGUAUUAUUAAUUUUACGUACCUAAAAUAGGUAAGUCCUAGCUUCUUAAGAUAUUAAGUAGAUAUUCAAGUUGGGUUUCUGUUGCUAAUAAUAAUUUUAAGCGAAAGUUUGCCUUAAUUUAAAAAAUUUGCAAAUUGUUUGUUUAUAAUAUAAGGCAUUUUUAAAACGAAAUACAUGUAACAGGAGGUCUUUACACGUUAUAAUGGAACGAAAUAUUUAGUGUGCAUAUUUUUUGAGAGGUUACAAAUUAAAAAAAAAACUAUUAAAAUUACCUCGCAUUUGGAAAGUAGAUUUUGAAAUAUUAUAUACAAAUAGAGUUUUGGAAAAAAAAUUAAAUUAUAUAUUUAUGUUUUGAAUCCUCAAAAAAUGUGCACACUGAACUUAUAAAGUUCUGGGAACUUUUUUUUUUUUUUUUAAAUUAACAUAAAACACAAUAGAAUACAAAUAAUUUAAAUAAUAUAUGUGACAAGAUAUUGUUUUCUUGUAAUGUAACUUCGUUGUAAGUUUUUCUUUACAGUUUGUAUAAAUGUUUAAGUUGUAAAGUAAGUGUAGGACCUGCUGUUAAGUGCAUUGCGAUAGUUUUAAGGCUGUAAAUUAACGUAUGUUAAUGACCAAUGAAAACCAACUUGUGAUCAUUAAUAUUUGUACUGUUACCUACUACUGUAACAAGAGUCGUUAAAAAAUAAUAUUAUAAAAAAAAUGAACAUAUUUUUCGGCUGUUGAAAAAUUGUAAAUACAAUAUUAAGGAUAAUAAAAAAACUAUUUGGAUUAAUAUUUAGGAAACAAAGGUGAAAAAAAAUAUUAUCGAAAUUUAUAUUUUCAAAAAUUAUUACAAGUGCAAAAAAAUGUGUAUUUAAUGAUAAUGAAAAAAUCGAGGAAUGUUCGGCCAUAAUCUAAAUUGAUAUAAGAAAACGGGAUUUUUUAUCGACUACAACACAACACUACAACCACAAGCAGUAAGGUAAACAGACAAUCGACAAGUGUGACGCGAUGUUGCUGUUAUAAAUAUGUACUUAUAUUUAUGGAAUCAGGUUUUUUUAUAAAUAUUUUCUGAUCCUAGAUAUUAUCAUCUUCAAACCAAUUACUGUUUAAUUUUACUGUAAAUUUGAACGUAGAAGAGAGAGGUGUAUCAGAAUCGGUUGUCACUGCCUUCCCCGCUGGGUCAAGGCUUAUGUUAGAAUUACUGGAUAAGCCCAAAUAUAAAUAAAUAUGACAAAACCACAGCGGUUUGUAAACUUCCCUCUUUCGCGGUACCGAUAAAUUUGCUUGAAAUACUGGUUUUUACCGGUUAUUCAUUAUUGCCAGUAUUUUCAUAGAAAAACCGCUCGUAUUACAGUCAUCAUAGUACUCAAAAUGAUUUCUUCAAAUUGCAUUAAAAUAAAUAAUUGCUAAUAGUCUUUGCCAUUCAAUAAGUAAAGAUACUUGUGUUGCCAGUAAAUAAAAUUAAAAAAACCUGAUUCCCCACAAACAUUAGCGUAAUAGAACGAAGCAUAGAAUGCUAAGUACAAAUAAUAAUUUUAACUAUAAAACUGCUAGUCCCGUUAUAAUAAAGCUAUUUUUAAACAAAUAACGAGGCAAAAUCGCGUCGCACCACUGGUUUUCAUGAUCCGCAUGUAUAAUCUAUAAUAAAAUAGUUUAAAAUACAAUUAUAAAGGUCUACUACACAUAACUUCAUCUGUAACACAUAUUCAAACCAAACUGUAACAAUAUGUACUAGCGUAUUAAUUUUUUUCUUCCUGUAACGGUACCGAAUGAAAGACUAUGGCUGCUGGUUUACGAAGAGGGGUGGAUUAAAGGCAGAUAACUGUUUGA